AUGCCACGUCGCUUGCAAAGAAGUCUCUCUGUGGACUGGAAAAGAGGGGCGUCACUUAAAGGAUCUUGCAGCGCUUUCAACAUACUUUGGUAAUCUAUAAAGACUGGACAUUUUCUAUCAGUCAUCAGCUUGUUGUUCUGUGUCAGGCAAUCAUCACCUCAGCAAAGAUGGCAUCAGGCUUUCUGUUUGCUUUGUUGCUCUGUUUGUCCAUUGGACUGUCGGCUGCAUCUUGUUGUGGACAAACCUGCUGCCCAGGUUCCUGCCCUCCUGGUUGGACUCAGUUCGGCUCUCGCUGUUUCAGUUUCAACAUCCAGGGAAAGAGUUGGAUCGAUGCAGAGAACUUCUGCAAGGCCGCUGGUGGGAAUCUGGCUUCAGUCCACUCAGAAGAGGAACAUGAAUUCCUCAGAACCUUCAUUAGGCAAGUGACCGGUGCAAACAAACGGACCUGGGUCGGAGGCUUUGACUCAGUGCAGGAGGGCGUGUGGAUGUGGUCUGAUGGAUCUACAUUCGACUACAAACAGUGGGGUGCGGGGGAGCCUAGCAGUGGUGGAAUUGAGCACUGUCUUGAAAUAAACUAUCAGGACAACUGGAACAAUGUGCCGUGUACCGAAAUAUUUCCUUUCCUGUGCUCCAAGAAGCUGUGAGGCCUCCCACCAUCAUGAUCUCACUACAGCUCAUCUAUAAUCUCUAUCAUUGAUUCACUUUCAGUUUGUUGUGCAGACAGAAACAGCUCUCUGCUGACAGACUCACUUUCACUUGUUUAUUAUCUGAAGAGUUAGGAAACGGUUCACAUUUGAGUUUUAACAUUAGAAGGAAACUGACUCUCUGAGCUGGAAAAAGUAAUUGGACUUUUAAUCUAGUGAAUAACACAAAAUGAACAUUCAAAUACUUUUAGUUUAGUUUUAGUUUACUGAAUAUUGUCUGUUACAAACAGCUCCCACUGAUCUCAUAAAACAAAACAAACACUGAUUUGAUUUUUCUCUGGGAGUUAAUGUUCAGAUCGAUACAACUCUCGUCUGUAAACUAAAUUUGAAGCUCCCUUAGAGCAGACGUUAGCUUAGCUUAGCAUAGGUUAGAAACGGGGGAAACAGCUAGCCUGGCUCUGUCAAAAUAUAACAUCUACCUACCAGACAAAAGUCAAUAUUUAGUCUGACCUUUCUGUGAUACAAGAGGAAAAUGCAACUUUAAUAACACUUCAUAAUAACUAAUAAUAAUUCAUAUAGUCCAUUGGUUUAAUUAACUGGUUACUUUUAUAUGAUCAAAAUGUCUAAAACUGGUGUGUUGUGUUCUUUAUUCAGCUGUUUUUCCUGUGUUAUAUAAACAAGCAUUCAAAAAUAAAAGACAUUGUCACAAACA